AUUUUAUUAUUUCCCGAUCCAUUAUUCAUUUAUUGGUGAAUUUAUUUCAUAAAAGAUGGAGAUACCGAACACAAUCACAUAUUUGAGAAGAAAAAUUUAACAGGACAAAUCACUUUCUUAAAUAUUUAUCAGGAGGAAUUUAACAUUCUACUUAGCAUACAUCAGUCGGACUGCAUUCAUUUUCAGUCGCGCUCCGGUUGUUUAUUGAUAAAUUUUAUUCAAUAACAGAUAGAACGCGGUUUGAAUUAAUAAUCGCUAUACAUUUCCGAGUUUUUCCGUCGUGAGAGUUCAAACUUCACUGAAAAAAGCUAUUUCUCACUGAGUUUAUCUUAUCGAGGGAGAUUGGAAGAAUAAUUUUAGUAUGUAUACCCCGGAGAAUUCAGCAUUCGAAUGACAGGAAUCAGUCACGCGAGACUUGUCAAUGUGCCCAGAUUUAUCUCCUUAUUUUUAUAGUCAUACUCACAAUGUGUGGUAGACAGUAAAAAAAUGUACCUAUCAUGGGGGCCGUUGAUCUUUUGAUAAAGGAAAUUAUCACUGUUUAUGGAUCUACUCUUUUGCUGACAGUGGUGAUUGUUUAUAUCGUCCAUUGGCAGUGGGCGAAAUUUGUUAAAAAUAUCUAUCGAUUGCACUUGAUGGGAUUCGAAGCCGAAUGUGCCGAAUUGGCUGUCAAUUAUAAAAAACGUCUCUUUGCUCCGCUCAAUGGAGCGAUCUCUAACGAUAAGAUUUUGCAAUCGGAGGGAGCUAUUAGAUUACUGGAAAUUGGGGUGAAAACAGGGGAGAAUAUUCAAUUCUACCCCGAUGGAACUCAUCUAAUCUGCGUGGACUGGAAUCGCAAGUUAGAGGACUACCUGAUGAAGAGCGAUCGUGCCUGGCAAUUUUCUCACGUCAAGUUCAAGAAGUUGAUACCCAGCGAUGGUCGAUCCCUAAAAGUAAUUCCGAGUAAUUGUGUGGAUGCUGUUGUCACCGUGAGAUCAUUGUGUGCGUGUUCGUCAGUGCGAGAGACACUGCGGGAGAUUCGAAGGGUCCUGGCACCGGGAGGAAAAUAUUUUUUCUUAGAGCACGUACCUGACAAAGAAGAGACUUUCACACGUUGGCUUCAGGAUUUCUUAACAAAAACCAAAAUCUACCCAUCACUAUUCGGCGAUUGCAGACUAGACUCAAAUCCCCUCUGCAACAUAAAGAGCACUGGUUUCUCGAAAGUUUCCUGGGAGUCGAUUGUCCUCAAAGGCUACGUUACUCAUCCAUAUCAUUUUUAUUUAUCCCGCAAUCACAUCAUGGGCAUUGCCACUAAAUAAUUGAAGGUAAAAAAAAUUAUAAAUACAUUUUUAUAAGUGAAGAAUCAGUUUACAAUAGUUUAAUGGCGGAAAAAUUGAAUUCAGAUACAUAUUUACAAUGACACUGCGCUCUGAAAUUACGGUCGGUUAAUUAUAGAAAUUAAUUUAAUUCCAUUUCAUUAAAAAGUCCAGCAAUUAAAAAAAAUUCGCCAUGAGUAAAAUAAAUUCCAAACAUGAAAUGACUAAACUGAGUUAAAAAGACGUUAUCGUCGACGAUAACAACUCCAUAAAAGUGAUUAUUUAUCAAAAAUGUCUGGUAGAUAAUUUCGCAAAGUUAAAUUUUGUUUUUCAAAAACUAAAUUUCAUUAUUUACGAAUUAGUAGAAAUUAUUUUUUUUCACAGUAAAUCAAUGUACAAAGUCGAAUGAAAACAUAACAGACACUAAAUAAAGCAAUAACAUUUU